GUCGUCACUUGGCGGCCAUCUUAGGUCAGUGCUGCCAUAGUGCUGCUCCCUGCUGCUGUGGACGGAAGGUGAGUGACAUACGCCAACUAAAAUGCUCGUAACUUGCUGAAUUCUUGACGGAUUUACAAACGGUUUGGUUUUUUACAAACGUUAUUAACGUGGCUAUAAUUCUGGAUGCUUUAACAUGUUUCAUGAAUUUUUUAUUUAUUUUUAGUAUACGUAUUCAGUGUCAUAGGUACAUCUUUGACGUUUAUAACAAACCAAUCCGUUUGAAAAUCGGUAAAAAAUUAAGCAAGUUAUGGUCAUUUAAAAGUACCUGCAUCAUUAAAACUCAAUGCUACGAGUGAGCGAGCGCCCUGUCCUAAGAUGGCCGCCAAAAUGCGGACGUUCCACUCAAUUGGCCAUCAGCGCGGACGAGCCAUCUAGCCUUUAUAUACAUAUCUAUGGUCUUCUCUCUCCAGUACAGCAGGAGGCGCUCUGCAGCUCUUUAGUCCGCAGAUAAACCCACUAAAGAAAGAAAGAAAGAGCUCGCGUGUGAUGUGUUUGUGUAUCCUUAGUGUUUUCUCUCUUGAGUGUUUUAUUGAGUGUAAACAGAGUCUUGUCUCUGUGUAUUUUAGUGUUGAUGAUGAUGGAUGAGAUGUGCUGUAAAUCAGUAGGAACUGAUCUGUCCAUGCUGGAUAUUGAUGAUUUCAUCACAGAAAUCUCUCAGCUGAAGAAAGAGGUGGCGUUACUGGAGACAAAGCUGAGGUUAAGAGGAGAUGAAGGACUGAAGAGAGAGGACUCCGAGCUCAGUCUGACUUUACUCUGUUAUACUGAGUCAAAGCCCACAGACGCUCAGGACACUACAGUGUGUGACAGUAAUCAGGGCUUACAGGAUGAGGAAUCUACUGAUCAAACCUCCACAGAGUCUCUGGAUUCUGUCUGUAACGCUGGAGAACAGCAGCAGAUCCUGCAGACCAAACUCAAGAUGUGUUCAGUCAAACUGGAGGACAGUGGGAACCAAACUGAGAUUAAAACAGAGCACACAGAAAUUAAAACUGAACCCACAGAUGACGAAGAUGAUGAUGAUGAUGAUGAUGACGAAGACGAUGAUGAUGACGAAGACGAUGAUGAUGAUGAUGACGAAGACGAUGAUGAUGACGAUGAUGAUGACGAAGAAGAUGACAACAACGAUGCUGACGACGACUUUAUACCUUCAGAUGAGAAGAGUGUCCAUUUUACUAACUUACAAGAGUUUAAACUUCAUUCAGAAGAUCACAGAAAGAAGAAGAACCAGUGUGAGCAGUGUGGAAGGAUUUGUGCCACUCCUUCUAAUCUGAUCAUUCACAUGAGGACACACAGUGGUGAAAGGCCUUUCCACUGCACUUACUGUGCCAAAUGUUUCCGCAGCAAAGGAAAUCUUGAUGCUCAUGAGAGAACUCACACAGGAGAAAAACCAUACCAGUGUUUUCUAUGUGAGAAGAGCUUUAUUAGUGGACAUCGUCUGAUCACUCAUGCGCGCUUACACACCAAUGAGAGACCGUAUCAGUGCAGUGAAUGUGGAAAAACCUUUAGGAUUUUAGAUUCUUUAAGGAAGCAUGAAGUAACACAUUCUGAGAGACUCCAUCAAUGUUCACACUGUGAUAAACGUUUCUAUCAUAAAAUGGAUUUGAUUGGCCAUGAGAGAAUUCACACGGGAGAGAAACCUUACGCCUGUUCUCAAUGUGGAAAGAGAUUUUCUAGUUCAAGUACUUUGACCGUUCAUAAGCGAGUUCACACUGGAGAGAAACCUCAUCCAUGUAGUUUUUGUGGGAAGAGUUUUAGUAAACGUUGCAAUUUAGUGACGCACCUAAGAAUUCAUACAGGUGAAAAACCUUACAAAUGCUCUCAGUGUGGAGAGGGGUUUAAUCAAGCGGUUCUCCUGAGAAUCCAUCAGAGAGUUCAUACAGGAGAGAAACCUUACCUCUGCUCGAUCUGUGGAGAGAGAUUCUCUAAUGUAGGACCUUUUAAGACUCAUCAGAAGAAACAUACUGAAGAACAAACUGAUCUGUGAAAAAAACUUCUUUAUACAAGAUUUUUACAAACCAUUAAAUCUUUUAUGGUAGAUUUUGUUCUAACUUUACUGUAAUAUAUAAGCAGAAGCUUUCUUAUUCCAAUAUCGAUAGCUAGAUUAGAUAUUAUUUAAUCGUAAUUCAUUCAAAUUCAUUCAUUGAGAAAACGCGCAUUUGCCCGACUAAUUGUCACAACCCUAUUAGAUAUAGAAAAGAAUUCAGAAUUGUAUAUCAGAUGUGUCUAUCUGCUGUGAAUCUCACUUGGCUCCACUAGAUGUUAAUAUUAAAAAGCUAACACAUUGGAUUUACACUGGAUUUGUUUUCAAUAAGUGAUUUUCUGAGUGGAUUAUUCCUUAUAGGUGGAGCUUGCAGGGUGGGCUAGGCCCCCAUUAGCUAAAAGGAUUUUAAGAAAAAGAAAAUCGAUUCCAAAACAAAUAUACAUAUUAAUUUAGGUUCUUAUACAUUUUAAAACUUGACUUUGUAAAACAAUUGUUAAUCUGGCCAUAAUAUUUGUAUUCAUCAAAACAUGGCGCUUGGUAAAGUCAUGUUUAUCCAGCCGUCCAAUCACGAUGGAGGAGAGGCGGGACAAAUGCUACACCGACCAACCGGCACAUCCUACCUUUACUACAGAACAACAACAUAAGUUAAUAUAGCUCGUUGAUAACUAUAAAUAACAGCCCGUGUUACCACAAUAUUAAUAUGAAUUGAUUAAAGGGUACAUAUUAUGGAAAUUUAUGUAAAAUAAAUUUUUGAUGUCCCCAGAGUACAUAAUAUGUGAAGUUUUAGCUCAAAAUACCCCACAUCAACAAUGUGCUGUUUUUCGGUGUGUCCUUUAAAAUGCAUAUGAGCUGAUGAAAUGCAAACACUGAUCACCAUAAUGGUGGUUUGUUGAAAUUGAAACUCAAUUGUGCUAUCAAUUAUUUUCUUUUUUUCUAAAUAUUUUUUUCCUUAUGUCCCCUAUAAACAAAUUAUCUGCAAAAUUAGAUAAUUACAAGACAGGUUUUCUGCGUAUGUUUUGUACUUUAGUAACCAAAGCACAUCAAAACUUUUCACUUGCUUGUGUUUUAAACAACCCCUGAUGUAUUCAGUCGCCUAAAAGCCUUUGGUAGAGUCUAAGAUUUUAUAAAUGAAUGACCUAAUGUACUGUUCACCUCAUAUGAAUUUUACAUUUUGUUUACUUGUAUUGUGAAGUAUUUAUUGAAUUGUUUUAGAAGUGAAGACAAUGCCCUUAAAUUAACAAACAUUGUGAAUUUUUUGCCGUUGGGUUUGGUUUGGUUGGUUGGGUGGGGUGGGAAAAGGCAAGUCAUUAAACCUUUAACUUUCAAAUAAUUAUGGUUUAUAUUUACAGUGUGUAAUUCAUUAUG